GUGACUCGGCUGCCAAGUUCGCUCGCGAGUUUGACAGAAGUUUGAAUCGGACUCGGGGGCUUUCUGCAGCCGGCGGGGUAGAGAGGCGGCCGCAGCCUCGGCGAGCGCAAGCAGCAGCGCCCCGGCCCCGCACCCCGCCAGCCUGGACCCCGGCCUGCCGACGGCCGCUCGCUUCCUCGGCUGCGAGCCGGCAGCCCCCAGCCCGACCGCGGUGCCCGGAGCCUCCCCGCGAGGGAGCCGAGCCCCCGCGCUGCGCCCCCGCCGCGCUGAGCCAGCAUGUCCUCGACGGAGAGCUCCGGUCGCACGGCAGACAAGUCGCCGCGCCAACAGGUGGACCGCCUGCUCGUGGGAUUGCGCUGGCGGCGGUUGGAGGAGCCGCUGGGCUUCAUCAAAGUUCUCCAGUGGCUCUUUGCUAUUUUCGCCUUCGGGUCCUGCGGCUCCUACAGCGGGGAGACGGGAGCAAUGGUUCUCUGCAACAAUGAAGCCAAGGACGUGAGCUCCAUCAUUGUUUCAUUCGGCUAUCCGUUCAGGUUGCACCGGGUCCAGUAUGAGAUGCCGCUCUGCGAUGAUGACUCCACCUCUAAGACCAUGCACCUUAUGGGGGACUUCUCUGCCCCUGCCGAGUUCUUUGUGACCCUUGGUAUCUUUUCCUUCUUCUAUACCAUGGCUGCCCUAGUCCUCUACCUGCGCUUCCACAACCUCUACACGGAGAACAGGCGCUUCCCACUGGUGGACUUCUGUGUGACUGUCUCCUUCACCUUCUUCUGGCUGGUAGCUGCAGCAGCCUGGGGCAAGGGCCUGACUGACAUCAAGGGGGCCACACGGCCAUCCAGCCUGACCGCAGCCAUGUCUGUGUGCCAUGGGGAGGAAGCAGUGUGCAGUGCUGGGGCCACACCCUCCAUGGGACUGGCCAACAUCUCUGUGAUCUUCGGCUUUAUCAACUUCUUCCUGUGGGCUGGGAACUGUUGGUUUGUGUUCAAGGAGACCCCGUGGCAUGGACAAGGCCAGGACCAGGACCAAGGCCCCAGCCAGGAGAGUGCAGUAGAGCAGGGAGCAGUGGAGAAGCAGUAAGCAGCCCCCACCUGGCUACUCCCGAACUGGACAGCACCUCUUCAACCACCUCCGGCUUCCAGGACCUCUCUUUCCUCUCCCUCCAACUCCCUUCCCCCAUCAUUCUGGGCUUUGAGUUGAGAUGUGGAUGGGCAGGCAUCAGUUGUUGGAAACCUGGGCAGCCCUCCCAGUGGUUUCCUAUCCCUCUUCUUGCUGGAACCCCAGAUGGCAGGAGCUCAGUGCUUCUUAUUUACUGCCUGGACCCAACCAUCUAACUUGGGGUCUUACUAGUACCCUCAUAGCCUCUGAGAACCAGCCUCUGCUGCAGGGGUUGAGGGCAGGAGACCAGAGCCCUUAGACUGGACCCUAGCAGCCACCUUUAUAUCAACCUGUCCAGCUUCAGUAAUAGUGGGGGUAGAGAAAAUCAGCUGGCAGCCUCCCCUUCCCCAGUCCCUUGCAUGGAGGGCCCAACAGUGGUUUCGUGACCCUUCCUCAGUGGCUGUCAUCUAGUCCCUGUGUCUGAUCUCUAGUCAGCCCAGACCUCAGCGUGCUUUCCAUUCUCUUCUCUGACCUCUGCUUGCCCACAGACUUUACCAUGUGUGAACCAGGAAGGCUGACUAGCCUAGAAAAGAGCCCUUUAUAGGGUCCUGAUGAGGCCUGGACUCAGCAGGGAGCAGAUAAAUUGCAACUGAGUUGCAACUUCAAGAAACUAAAGCCAGGAAACUCUCUGGCACAAUCAGUUUCUUCUGUCCCCUCAAUCCUCCCACCCCCCAGGCUAGGGCACUCUCCACCAACACUCCAAACUCCACUUAUUCUAGAAACUCGUUACCUUCCUCCCUGUCUUCUGUUUUGGGCUUGGUCUCAUACUUGGGACACAAGAUGAGGGGUAUUGGAGCAUCUCCAUUUCAGCCCCCCGCCCCCAUUCCCCCAACCUCUCUAUGUCCCUUCCCCAGCCUUUUGGGUUUGAGGCAUUUGAGAUCCUUUUCAAUGUCUGCAGGCCUUCAUUUCAUUCCUGUGGGGUGAGAUAGGGACUUUGGAAGGUCCCAAAGGAACAUCAU